GAAUGGCCAUCAACGAUCCGCACCAGUGUCGGCUGUGCCUGCGAGUUUGUGACGACACCUUCCUGGAGAGUAUCUUCUCCGAGAAGGAGUACAGCAUCGCGCAUCAGAUCUUCGAGUGCACUUCGAUACGGGUCACCAAGCAGGACAACCUGACCAAAAUCUGUCGGAACUGUGCGGCGCUGUUGUUCAUUACGACCGAGUUCCGGAAUGCGUGCUUCAAGACCAACCGACUGCUGAUGGAGGACUUUGUGAUCCUGGAGGUGGGCGAGUGGGUAGACGAGACGAAUCGGAGUGCCCUGGCCAGCUGUUCGCAGCUGAUUGUGAAGCACAAGCAGCAGGUGGACUACCUGUAUGAUAGUAUAGUGCCCGAUUCGGAGUCGUAUCUGGCGGGAUCGCUGGAAAUCGAGCGGGAGUUGUUUAAUUCGGCCACUAGUGGGGUCGAACCGAAGGAUCAGAAGGAAAAGGACGGGGGAGAGGACUUGGGUGAAAUGGAGGCGGAAGAACCGGAUCCGGAGAUUAUUCAGGAGAUUACGAAAUUUCUAGAAGCGCAGCAGACGAUCGGCGAGGGCGGAAUGUGCCAGAUUUGCUCGUUGGACGUGGGGACGAAGAUUUCGGAUAAUUCGGCAGCUGAAUUUGAGAAGUACUUCCAGGAAAAGCGAACAGCGUGGAUCUGCGACAUGUGCCAGCAGUGUUUGGAAAUGGUCACUAUGUGGCGUGGGUUGUUUCGGACCGGAAGCAGCAGAAGCAAGGGCAUUACGAGUACGGUGCACAAACUGAGUAGUAUCAAGGAAACUCAGCGUCAUCUGUUGAAGCAAUUUCACGAUCUGAAACUGCAGCUGGAGAAGGCGGAGAGACCCAAGUCUAAGUCGGAGGGGGUGAAGGUGACCAAGCGUAAGACAAUCGAAUGCAGUCAAUGUGGCAAGCGCUACGACAGCUGGAAGAUGAAAGCCCAUCUGAACGAGCAUGAACAGAAGAAACCAUUUAAGUGCGACCAACCGGGGUGCAGCAGUGCCUUCGCCGGAGUUGAUCUGCUGAACCGCCACAAGAAGCUCUGGCACACGGAUUACUUCUACAAGAGCUGUCCGACGUGUGGUAAAAAAUGCAAAACUCAAGGAAUCUACACGACGCACAUUUCUUACCACGAGGAACCGCAGCUCCCUUGUGAAGUGUGCGGAAAACUGAUGAGAAACAAACGAAGCAUGUGGAAGCACAUGAAGUCCCAUCAGAAGCCGGAACACCGGGAGCACGUGUGUGAAGUAUGCAACAAGCGCUUCGCAGUGGCUUACACCCUACGAGUUCAUCGUCGCAUUCACACAAAUGAAAAACCCUUUCCUUGCAACCUCUGCGGGAAGCAAUUUCAGUACAACUGCCUGCUGAAAAACCACGUGGACAGGUAUCAUAAAGCGCAAUGAGAUGGACUGAUGUGAUAACCAGAAAAGUACCCAUUCAUCGAA